GUCACUGUGAUACAGCUCAGAGGAGUGUGGGAUUAUCAGAGAACAUGGCAACCAGCUCGUCCUGUCAGAGGGUUGGAGUUGUGGGAUAUGGACAUCUAGGACAGUUCCUAGUGGAGAGGAUCCUCACAGAUGGAGCAGCUCCUGGUCUGACUCUGGCUUUUGUUUGGAACAGAAAUGCAGACAAACUCAGAGGUUUGGUUCCUGAUGAGCUCGUCCUCAAAGACCUAUCAUCUUUUGCAGACAGGCGCUGUGACGUGAUUGUCGAGGUUUGCCAUCCACAGAUAGUCAAAGACUUCGGGCCUCACUUCCUGUCUCAGUGCCAUUUCUUGGUGGGCUCUCCCUCUGCUCUCUCUGAUCCUGAUCUGAACCAGGAGUUACGUCAGGCAGCUCAGCAGCAUGGGAACACGCUCUACGUCCCCAGCGGUGCAUUAUGGGGAGGCCAGGACAUCCAGCGGCUGAAUGACAGCGGAGGCCUGAAGGCUCUCUUCAUCCGGAUGUCCAAACAUCCGUCGUGCUUCCGGCUGACAGGAGACGUCCUCUCAGAGUGGACGGAGGGAGAAGGCCGCCGUGUUCUAUUCAAAGGCUCAGUGGCGGAGCUGUGCCCCCUCGCUCCAAACAACGUGAACACUAUGGCAGCGGCCGCUGUGGCAGCAGGAGCGCUCGGCUUCUCCGGCGUUCAGGGAGAGAUCGUGUCGGACACGGCGUUAAGUGAUUACCAUGUGGUGGAGGUGGAGGUGACCGGCCCGGGUGGUUUCUCAGUGAACACGGUGAGGAGGAAUCCAGCCAAACUUGGAGCUGUGACUGGCAGUGCAACGUACAACUCCUUCUGGAACAGUUUACUGGUGUGCAAAGGUCAUGGAGGCCGAGUUUACCUGUGCUGAAGCAGAUGAGAAUGAAUGGAAGAUGAGCAGAUAAAUCAGUGUUUACAGCCGAUAAAAGGUGGAUGAUGUCCCAGGAUCAGCAUGUUACUACAAACAAAAAGCCUCAGAGAAACUUCAACAAAGAUAUUUGUGUUCUAAUAAAGCUCAUUCAA